AAGAUCCAGACCAGACUCUCCCCUGUUCGGGUGAUGGCAACACGUCUGCAGUCAUAUGACAGUAACUCUAGUGACACGGAAAACUGGGAACGCUUGACGAACCAACCUCGCAAACUCUGCAAACAUUCGAGCAGCAGUCAGACCACAGCUUCUCGAGUGGAGGCAGAACAGAGGAAGAUGAGCCUUCAUGGUGCCAGUGGGGGUUGCGACCGCUCACGUGACCGCCGUCGUUCCAGUGAUCGUUCUAGGGACUCCUCACAUGAGAGGGAAGGGCAACUAACCCCCUGCAUUCGGAACCUCACCUCACCCACACGGCAACACAACAGUGAUCGUGAGAGAGAUGGUCCUUCUUCGAGGCCAAGUAGUCCAAGGCCUCAGAGAGUCUCACCCAGUGGUUCCAGCAGCAGCGGAGUUGUGAGCAGUCGCAACAGUAGCUUGUCCAGCUCUGACGGAACCUUCAAAAGUUUGGGAGCAGGAGAAAUGGUUUUUGUCUAUGACAAUCCUAAGGAGGGGGGAGCGAACCCCCCCAUUGGAAACCGAAACACAAGAACCUCAGAGAGAGUCACUCUGAUUGUCGACAACACGCGCUUUGUAGUAGAUCCUUCUGUCUUCACUGCACAACCCAACACAAUGUUGGGCAGGAUGUUUGGGUCUGGACGGGACCAUAAUUUUACAAGACCCAAUGAAAAGGGCGAGUAUGAGGUGGCUGAGGGCAUCAGCUCAACAGUUUUCCGAGCAAUUCUGGAUUACUACAAAUCUGGGAUAAUCCGUUGUCCAGAUGGAAUCUCCAUCCCUGAGUUGCGGGAGGCGUGUGACUAUCUAUGCAUCUCCUUCGACUAUAGUACCAUCAAAUGCAGAGACCUCAGUGCCCUGAUGCAUGAGCUCUCCAAUGAUGGGGCUCGACAUCAGUUUGAAUUUUACCUCGAAGAAAUGGUUCUGCCUUUAAUGGUGGCCAGUGCUCAGAGUGGAGAGAGGGAAUGUCACAUUGUAGUUCUUACAGAUGAUGAUGUGGUGGACUGGGAUGUUGAGUAUCCGCCACAAAUGGGCGAGGAGUAUUCACAGAUUAUUUACAGCACAAAACUUUACAGAUUCUUCAAGUAUAUCGAGAACCGAGACGUUGCCAAAUCUGUUUUAAAGGAGAGGGGGCUAAAGAAAAUAAGGCUGGGUAUUGAAGGUUACCCAACUUAUAAAGAGAAAGUGAAGAAGCGUCCAGGGGGUCGCCCAGAGGUGAUAUACAACUAUGUUCAGAGGCCCUUCAUCCGCAUGUCCUGGGAAAAGGAAGAGGGUAAAAGCCGACAUGUAGACUUUCAGUGUGUAAAGUCCAAGUCCAUUACCAACCUGGCAGCAGCAGCUGCAGAUAUUCCCCAAGACCAGCUGGUUGUGAUGCACCCUGGCCCACAAGUGGAUGAACUGGACAUCCUACCCAAUCACCCACCCAGUGGGAAUCACUACAGCAACAACUACAGCAACGAGCCUGAUCCUGAUGCACCUUCACCUGCUGUCUGAGGAUUGUGAUCCUCUCUCAAUGCCUCUGCCCCUCUCUUACUCCUCUAGUCUUUUCCCAGCAUGCUGCAGCAUGGAGCUCCAGGGGCACCAUAACCAUAUUGCCUUGACACCUCCUUUGCAGCCUUAGAGCCUCAAAGAACCUGGAUGAUGGUAGAAAAAGAAACACAAGUAAACUGAGACGGGUACAAGAAAGAGUUUACUAUGGUUUUCAUUUUGUUUGUUUUUUACUUGACCAAAGCAAUUUACUUUUUUUUGGAAACCAAUCUAUAAAAAACACUUAGUAUUGAUAUUAUUGUUAUUAUAUUAUUUACACUUUUCUUAUACAGUACUUCAAUUAGGUGAAUUUGGCUGAGUACUGUUGUGGUGUCAUUGUUUUUUCGGGUUUGUUUUUAGUUUCAUUCUUUUUGAGUGGCCUCCUAAAUGUGCUUUGAAGGGAAGACCUGUGAAAGGAGAAAAAUCAAUCCAACUGGCAACGGAAAUAAUCAGACAUAACCAUUUAGUGUCAUGAUCUCCAGCUGAAUUCCUCGCCAUGGGAAAUGUAGUCACUGGCUGGAUUUGAUAUGUGAUGUUACGCUCCUCUCGCAGCAAAGAUAUUCAGAAGAACACAGGCAGUUUUGGUCAGAAUUUGUUUGUGCUGAGCUUGAAUUUGCUGUUUAAACUGACUCAUGAAAUAAAAGUGAAAUAUAAACAUUCUGUAUAUGUUUAAGCAUUAGUA